ACUUAAGAUAUGGUUCCAUGUCGUUUAAAACCUUUUUGUUCGAAAAAAUAAAACCCCUUUAAAUAAGUAUGUCUUCAAAUACAGACAAAUUAUCCAAGAUUUUUAUUAUCAGUCAGUGUCUAUAUCUUCAUUAAAUGAAAUAUAAACAACCUACCAUAGCAUUUAUUUUGGUGUCAAAUAAUUUAUUUAUUUAUAUUGUCGUUACAUUAAAGCGAAGUAGCUAUUAAAUGACAUAGGAAUCAAGAUAAAGAUCAAGCGGAUAAACAUCAUCCGGUUUUGGAGUGGGUUCCGACUUCCGCCUAAUAAAGAUGUGGACAGAUGCAUGCAUAUCCAAUACAAUGUGCGUUUUCUGUUUUCCUAAACACUUGUAUGUUUUUUAUUAUUCAAACUACACGAAAUUUUCUUAUAGUUAAAUGUCAUUUUAUUUGCAGCGUUUAGUAGAAAAAUAAUAAUUAAAAAACAAUGGUGUCUCCAUUUCAUGGGUUAUUAUUAAUAAAAGUUUCUUAUAAUAUAAAUUAGUAACAGCAUAUAAAUACUUUUAGUAGAAAAUGACAAAUUUGGAUUCUUUACCAAGAAAAAGAUUGUGAGUUAAUUUAGUGAUAAUUGUUUAAUUUUUUUUCCGACAGUGAAAUAUUAAUCAAUAAUUAUAAGACAAAAGAAUUCACAUUUGAUUAGUCAAACAUUGGAAUCUAAAUUUAGUGAUAUUAUUAAAAAUGAUAUAAUUUAAUAAAGUAGAAAACUAAGCGCGGAUAUGGUAGAAGACACAUCACCCCUAGUUUUGACUUCACUUCUCCGAGACUCCAACUAUAUAUAAGUAAAGACAAUUGUUUAGGAGAAACACACAGAAAACGAGAAAGAACGAGAAGAUUCGAUUUAGAAAAAGUAAUAAGAAUGUUGCUGGUGACGGUAUUGGCCGAGAUGUUGAAGGACUACACGGUGGUACUCGCCGGAGCUUUGGAGUACCUCUUCUCUCAGGCACCUUUUCCGAGGAGAAUUCGACUUCAUAUUUUAUAUUCUCUUCCUUUCCAUCGCUCUUCCUCUCACCCUCUUCUCCUUCCUUCUCCUCCUCUUCCUUACACUCCUACUUUGUAACCCAGAAUCUUGAUGUGUUCUUUCUUUCUUUGACUUUAUGAUUUUUCUUUGAGUUGAGUUGUGUAAUCCAGAGCCUUCGUUGUAAAUAAGAUCUUUCCAAUUAAUGCAUCCUUUUGUUGAAAACACACAAAAGAAACAAGUUACAGAGCUU